AACCAGAUAUGUUACAGGGGAGAAAACAUCUCUGCCUCAAUCCACAGCUCUUUAUGACCAAGCGUCUCAUAAACUUACCGAAGUACUGUGGCUAACAUAUCGUAGCUACUGUAGUAGGAGCCAGCAGCUAGCUAGCUAGCUAGCUAGGUUUCACGGUGUUGCGUGAAAACUCUCACAUGUCCGUCCAGUCAAGUCAAAGUGAACAAAUACAUAUGUCUCUGAAGGAUUCAUAUUUAGUAUAAUCUUUCGAUAAUCCCAAUUUAAUGCUAGUUUAUUUAUUGCCCUAAAGCAGUCUUUGGAGAAGGUGUUGAUUUCGCCAUGGAUACAGAACGACAGAAACGAAGGGAUGAAAUCCAAAAAGCCAUGGGCUUCAUUCAGUCCUCUUUGCCUUUCCCUGAGCCUGAGGGUUAUGAGGCCUUUUUGACCCAGUUGGUGUGUAACUUGCUGGAUGAGGGAAACACAGUGUUUAGAGAUGGGGAAUGGAGGCAGGCAGCGCAACAUUACAGUGAAGGGGUCAAUGUGUCCCGCUAUGCUCAGGCGGAGGCACUGGUCAUCCCCCCUGAGCUUCUGGAGAGUCUCUAUGUCAACAGGGCAGCGGCACACUUUCAGUUUGCGGAGUUUGAGCGUGGCAUUCAGGACUGUGACAGCGCGCUGUGCGUGUCUGAGGGCAGUCGCAGGGCACUCUACAGGAAAGCUCUCUGUCUGAGGGAGCUGGGCCGACUCAGGGAGGCCUAUGAGUGUGGCACACGAUGUCUGCUUACCGCCCCACACGACAGGCAGGUGGGUGAACUGGCUCAGGACCUGGCUAAUAAACUGGGCCUGAAGGUCCGUAAGGCCUACAUCAGCCCUCAAGUGGAGUGCUCAACAUCAGGGGGGGAGAGUAAUGGAGAGAACGCUACACCCACAGGAGAUACGACAUCCAAUGGGCUAGAAUCUUUGACUGACAUUGAAUCUGAUCUGUCUAGUGCCCAGUGUAUUCCUGCUCCUCUGGCCACGCCCAUCCCUGUCAGCGAUGACCCCUCAAGCCCAGUGGCCACGCCCUGUGCUGACCUAUCUGAGAGUCCCAGUACUGGCCUGCCCCCCAUGCCCUAUUCUGUCCCCGUGUCGGAACACAUGGAGGAGUGCAGUGUUAUCUCUAACGAUCUGGACAACCUGUUGGGGGACUGCAUCUCCAAGAAAGUCAGCGAGAGCCCCGUUCAAGGCGCUAUCCCUACCAACCUCCCCAACACGGCUGUGGGCCUGCGCCCCCCUUACCCUCCCAGCCUACCUUCCCCUUCACCCCAGCUACCUGCCACUUACUUCAGCUCCUCGGUUAGCCAGACGCUCCCCUCGGAGCCCUACCCGUCGCUCAGCCAGAGGGACCAGACCUCCACGCGGGCGCUGGACGCCCUGGGGGCCUUCUCCCCGGGGACAGGGGCUGGGGACUCCGAGGGAAAGGGAGGGGCUGGAUUGGGAGGGCUGGACUCCCUCUCAGAGUACACCCUACCAGGGGGAAGGAUCUCUCACAGCUUCAUCCCUGGGAUCCGUAACAGCAGCUCCACUCACACAAACAUUCCAGCUGGUACCAACCUCUCCCUGCUCUCCCGGAAUCCACUGGCUGCCACCCACGAGUUCAGACAGGCCUGUCACGCCUGUUACAGCAGAAUAGGUCCACGGGUGAUGGACUACCAGUACCAGCCGGAUGCGGCCCACCGCUGCAAGAGGGAUGUGCUGCUGUGUCGCUUCAAAAACACAGAAGACCCGACCUGGAAGAGGGUUCGACCCCGCCCUGCUAGAAACAACUUCCUGGGGGCCUUCGUGCUCUGCAAGGAGGUCCAGGAACGACAGGAGUGCCAGUAUGGGGAGAACUGCACAUUUGCCUACUGCCAGGAGGAGAUAGACGUGUGGACCCAGGAGAGGAAAGGAGCUCUGAGUAGGGAACUUCUAUUUGACCCGCUGGGCAGCACUGAGAGACGGGCCCUGAGUGUCACCCGCCUGCUGCAGCUGCACAUGGGCAUGUUCAUGUUCCUCUGUGAGGAAUGUUUUGACAGUAAGCCUCGCAUCAUCAGCAAGCGCAGCAAAGAGAACUUGGCUGUCUGCUCCAACCUCACUGCCCGACAUCCCUUUGAUGAUAACAAGUGCCUUGUACAUGUGGUACGUUCUGCCAACGUGCGCUACAGUAAGGUGCGCCCGCUGCACCCCCUCUGCCAGUUUGAUGUGUGUCGCCACGAGGUGCGCUACGGUUGCCAGCGCGAGGACAGCUGCUCCUUCGCCCACUCUGUCAUAGAACUUAAGUGCUGGGUACUGCAGCAGGACACAGGUAUUACCCAUGAGGAGAUGGUACAGGAGUCCAAGAGGCACUGGUACAGGCUGGAACAAAAUGCCCAGAGACAGAAGCCUAUACAUGUCCCACACCAAAGCUGUGGGGGCGGAGUUGGAGGGGUGGGGGGUAUAGGAGUAGGAGGGGGCGGUGGAGGGGUAGACAAUCUCGGGGGAGGUGGUGUUGGCUCUGGAGGACCAAUGGGGGGAGGAGGAGGAAGAGGCAGAGGGCUGAACUUAAAGAUGAAGUUUGUGUGUGGCCAGUGCUGGAGGGACGGCCAGGUCAACGAACCAGACAAGGCCCUGAAGUACUGCACUGCUAAAGCACGACACAGCUGGACAAAGGAGCGUCGGGUGUUGCUGGUGAAGUCCUUUGAGAAGAAGAAGUGGGUGGUUGUGCGGCCGCUUCCGUUCUCCCGUACAUACCCACAGCAGUACGACAUGUGUGUCCACGUGAUGAAGCAGAAGAAGUGCCACUACAUCGGAAACUGUUCUUUCGCCCACAGUCUAGAAGAGAGGGACGUCUGGACAUACAUGAAGAACAAUAACUUGAGGGACAUGCAGCAGAUGUAUGACAUGUGGCUUACAUUGACCAAUCAGAAUAGACGCACCGAUGGAAGCCUUAUGACCCCGCCUCCAGAGGAGAAACAGGUUUCCAUGACCACAGAUUACACUGAAUCACUGUCUGGUCGGCGGUUGUCAGGAGGAGAUCUGUGAGUGUAGCCCAGGGGUGGAGGAGUUGGCCCCUGAGCCCUAGAUGGGAGACCCUGUUCCCGCUACGCCAGAGCCCUGCCACCUGUGACGUCCAUCUGAAUGCGUACACACACAAACACAAUCAACACACCCUCACCCCUACCUGACAACAAUACCUGACUGAUGCUACAGGCACAACUUGUGACGCGCGCAGUCCAGAAAGUCAUGUAGAAGAACAUGCACGCUGGAUAACAUGAGUUUGUUUAUGGUUUGGCUUUUAUUAAUCACAGUGUGACCCUCAGUGCAUUUCUGAAAUGCUGCAAAUGUAGUGUCCAUGUGUCUGUCCCCUAGAAUACCACUGAAGGCAAAUUGCAAGCAAAAAGAACAAAGCCAUUUUGUUGCCCACUUAAAUAAGUGGAUUUGUGGCCGAGGUCUCUGGACUCCUCUGUUUUAUAGCUAAAUUACCACAGAAAUGUUUCUGGAAUGUUCAGUUAAAUUGGCCAGUGUUUUUUUUAUUUUAGCUGUUCAGAAAUAUGAGGCAGAAAACACACGCGUAGGACAUAAUAUGGUUGUUUAGCUCUGGAAAGUAGUUGUCUGGGGAUACAGUUAAAAGUACAGUUUGAUUUGGUUGUACAGCUUUACAAACAAGUCCCCUAUAUAUUUAGCUAGAGAAUAACGUUUCCAACCAAAUCCUACCCCUGUCCCUUGUGGGAACAUAAACGAGAGAGAGAAUGGGACAGAAAUGAAUAUGCCAUUUCUUUUGUCCAUGGGAGUUAGUACUUUAUUUGUCUGCCAUAUUGGUACAGGACUAUGAAUGUAAAGCCUGUCAAGGCUAUUAUGAGGAAGCCAUAAGAAAAAUUAUGGUUGUGGAAUGUAUUUAUAAUACCCAAUAGAAAUGUUACUCAACAUUUAAAAUGCCCCCCCACAGCCCAAUUGACCAUUCCGAACAUUUACACACACACACACACACACACUUUGACAGAUACUGUAUUCACUGAGUAAUUUCAGAAAGGAGUAGUAUUUCAUAAUAUGACAUUGGAGGGCUUUGUGUGUAAAUGUCACUGCAGCAGCUGCAGUUCUCACAGGCUCUUGACCUGAACCCCUUAAGCAAAACAUACUGCACAGAAUGCUUGGCUAAGCCCUGGGGUUUUGCCUGACUCCAUGAACACAUCUGGGUCCUCCUUAUUAAAGUCACUCCAAUGACGGAUUGGGGUUUGUCCUUUUCAGAUUAUGUGGCUUUAUCUGGCAUGUUGACAACCAGUUUAAAUGUUAGAUGCCCAGUUAGCCAUUCAGUGUGACGCUAUGCCAAUAGAUCAACAGGAAAACUGAUUGUCUGUGAGUGGGUGUCAGAAUUAGUCAAAAUAAUUAUAUCAAAACAAAAAAUUGGUGGACACUGGACAUGUUUAGUUAAACAAACAAGUUUGCCCCGAUUUCAUACUUUUUGUUUUUGCAUAUUUUUGUAAAUAAAUGUUGUACAAUAUACAGCUUUAAUAUUAUACACAGGGAUCCUGAGUGGACAAAUAAGUGUUUAUACUUAACUGAAUGAAUUAGGUUAAGCAACACCCAUAGCCCCAGUGUGAGAAAGUGAUUGCCCCUUUCCCUCAAAACUGGUUGUGACACUGUUAACUGCAUGACUUCAAUCAACGCUUACUGUUACUUUAUCAGUUUAUAAUUUCUGUGGGACAAUUGUCUUCACUCUUACAUGUAGAUUUUAGUUUUUCUGAGCAUGAACAAUGUUAGUUUCCGACCCUACUGUAACAUGACAGUUAGGUCUGCUUCUGGACAUUGGCUAGACCAGGUCAAUGUGCCUGUGUACGUUUGGAUCGUAGUCUGGCUGAAUUAUCCUGUUUCACAUACAGAACAGAAAUGAAGGGUUGCUCUAAGGACGGCAUGUAUUCCAUGUCCAACAGCAUGGUUGUCCAUUGCUGUGUGGUUCUAAUUGUGGAGCGCAUGGGUGACCUGGAAGUACCAAGGAUUAGUCACUUUUCUCAAAGAGUUCAACAUGAGAAUGUUGCUGACAUACAAUGGUGUCAGAAGGCAGUGCUUGAAAAUACACAUGUAAGUCGUGGUCACAAUGGCUAAAAUACAACACAUUUAAGAAUUUGGAAUGCCCUAAUCAAUGUUCAGACCUAACCCAAUUAAGAUGUUGAGGCAUGUACUUAAACGACCAGUUUAUGCUCCUAGUCACCACAAAUGCUAAUGAGUUAAAGCUGUUCUGCAUGUUUGAGUGGGGGAAUAUUUUGUGCGUAACUUCUAAAGGACUAGAUGAAGCGUUUGGUUGCUGUCAAUGUAGUUAAAUGUAUCACAUAAUACAGUGUGAGGGGGUGAUCACUAUCAGUGGGGCUUUGUGUGUGGAAUAACUGUUAAUAAAAUAAAGUAUGCUUUAUUUGUUCACUCAGGUUCUUAAUUUUUUUUUAUUUGAUAUUGUUUAUAUAACAAAAAUAAAAAAUCUGAAAGGGGCAAGUUGUUUUUCACGGUAUUGAAACUAGACCUGGGUAUGGGUGGUGGGAUCACAGAUUGGUGGCCUCAGAGCCCCAGAGGGGGGGGGUGGGGGGGGGUGGUGGUGAUAAAGGGAGCAAUGAAGACAUCAAUGUUAAUUAAAAGUACAAUAAAGACUACCCUUACUGUAGGCCAAAAAAAUGCUAACUACCUAUAAUGUAGGCUAGUCUUCAACAUCAAGACAUGACAUGCCUACAGACACGCUAAAAUGAAUACACAAAAUAUAUAUAAUCAGGGACAUGUUUUUGCCAGUCGUGGCAAAAAUCUUGUUUGCUUACCUACAGCGGAUAUGAUGUAAUGGAUGUAUGUCUAUACAUUAUAAAACCAUUAUAUAUAAAUAUAUACAUAUUUACAGAUAUCGGUAUACAACUAAUAAUAAUUGAUAACUUAGCGGUUAAGCUUAAUAUAGAACCUCUUGUUAUUGAGCUAUGCUAUACAAAAUUGACAUGUAUCGCUGAACUAGAUGACUAGUGAUUUUCUGCUUCUGUGAGGGUCAUUCCAGAGAAAACUGAGAGCACCUCAUGAUAGGCUGUACAUUAUUUUUCCCAGGUCAAAAAAGGGCAGUGUUGGUUUGGUUGAAUCCCAACACUAGCAUCAUGUUUAUCUCAGAACCAAAUGGUGUGCGCUGUCUCAAGAAAUUAGCAGUAUGAUACUAAUUUGGGUCUCCUACAGCAUUUAUUUAAUUGAAAACUAUUUUGAUUAGGUUUUUUCUGCGUCAAUGAAUGAAUCAUUCAAUGGAUAGAGAAUGCCAGGAUAAUGCUUUCUGUAAACAUCUUUAAUUUAAUUAACCUAGGGAGUAGACUAGACGGACAUCAAAUACCAAAUUAGAAGAGUUAUAGGGGGGUAAUAGUAACUAGAAAGGGUUUCUUCUGGAAUGACCCAGUUAAUUGCUUCAUUGAGGGAUCGUAUUACUACUAUUAUUAUGAUGAUGAUGAUGAAUUAUGACGAUAACGAUUGCUAUUAUUACUAUUUCGAUUCUCCUAUAUGCUAUUGAUAUAUGUAUGUUAAUUGCUAUGUAUUACUCUCUUUAUAAAUGUAUCCAUGUAUGAAUAUAAUACUUUACAGUAAACAGACAUAUGUGUAUGCUAAGUCCAGCAGGCCAGACAGGACAAGAAGAGUUUUAUGUUGCUAAAACCUUUACAAAAAAUAACAAGUGAUUAGUCAGCAUAUACCAGUCAAUCCCCAGAGGUGGGGUUUCUACAUACUAGCCGUCUGCCUUCACACUCAUCUACCUGGUUACAUAAGAAGACUAUAGGCUAACAGACUAGCAUAGCAUUGGUCUCUAUAGUACACAGGGCACCAUUUAUUGACAGACAGAGUACUGCAACAAGUUGAUGCUGAAGAGCCCAUAGACAUUGUCUGUGUUGCUUCAGGUUAGCGCGUUGUGGGGUACUUGAGGUGUGAUUGAAUCAAAUAUGUUUGGACAGUUAUUCGGACUGUUCUAGAGACAACUUGUAUUUGAAAUAGUCAUAAUUUGCAAAUUAUUAUUUUCUUGACUACCCGAGUGAGAAAAUGUCAUCAAUAAUACUGUAUUACCUUGCUGUUUUAAUCAACCCUGCUGGGACACAAUUCCAAGCAUACAUAGACGUCUGUAUACGUCAGUAUAGCGCCUUAUUCAAUAUAUACCGAUAUAAGAUGAUACAUACCCGAUACCCUUAUAACCGUACUCUAUAUAUGAUGCAUACCUAUAAUAAUACUUAGACAUCUGUAUAAUUUAGAUAAGAGGUAAUGGAAUGUUUGAGGUUUUCUCUGGUUGUUUUUUUGUUUAUUUUGAAUGGUCAGAGUCAGGUGUUACGUGUACACUAUACUAUCGGUUCUGGUAUCUGUUACAAGAGGGGUGGUCAUACAUAAGAAAGCAGGGAUGAGCAUGGUGAUGUCUUUGUUUUGCCUACUUUGUCAUCACAAACUAAUAGGUGACAAGGUGGCAUUUAUUACUGUUCAAUUAACUUCCAUUGUUGGUUUUAAACUGGUGGAUCAUGUCAGUGAAUGUGGUCAUAUCAGAAGGGUGAACAAAGUAUCUGGCCCUUGUGCCUACAGAGGACUGGACCAGCAGAACAGUGGUUUGAUAUGUCAGUACUCACCAGAGAGAUCAUUUGAUCGUGGUACUAAUGAUGACUGGCUUAUUUGUCUUUGUUAAAAUGUGGCUUUCACCUAAACAAACUCAGAAACAGUCAGAUGAUUUUUAUGUCUUUCCAAAUAAAAGGCAUUUGAAUUAAAACACACCAGAGUUGUGGUCAAACUUUUCCAUACAAUUCAGGAAAUAUAUGAAAAUUAUGAUACAGUUUUCAAUGAGGAAUCUUAUAUUUAAAUUGGGGUUUUGUUCUCUUUCUGAAUUGACUGGAAUUGAAAUUAAGUUGGCCCCAAACCUGAUGCACCAUGAGCUGACAGCAAUCUACAUUUAUAAUUAUUACUGAUGGAUUAUUUUCAACAACUUGUUAUAGACGCCAUGGUUUUUAAGAAAAAAACAAGGUCUCUUUGUACUGUAUUUUUACAUUUGUUUUGUUUUUGUCUUUGUUUUCUCCUUUUUCCUCCCUGGUUGGAAGUUGAUUAUGAUCACAAGUGGACCAAAUCUGUCGCAAGUGUUUAACAAUAAACAGACUGUUUUAGAGAAA